UUACAGCCCGUGAGGGUAGCAAUGAUUAAUGCUCAGUCAGACCCCGGUAAAGCCGGUUGUGCUAACAGCGAACGGGACUAUACCAUUUAUCGGACUGUACUAUACAGCUUUUACAUCCACGCCAGUUAGAUACUACAUACAGGGCUGUGUUUCACGCCUGCACUUAACACAGAAUGAAGAGCACAACGGAGUUGAAAUGUUUUGUCUUGCUCAUUGGGGUUUGUGCCUUGUUCAAAUCUGUCCAGACUUUCAAUUUGACUAUAGUUCACACAAACGAUGUUCACGCUCGUUUUGAAGAGGCAAACGCUGAAGGUGGCAAAUGUAAAAAUGAAUCCAAAGUGGCAGGGUUAUGUUUCGGCGGGGUUGCCCGAAGAUUAACGAAGAUUCGCGAAUUGAACAACACUAACCAAAAUAUGAUACUGAUAGAUGCUGGAGACCAGUAUCAAGGAACUCUGUGGUUUAACGUCUUCAAGGGGCACGCCGCAGCCCACUUCAUGAAUAGACUCGGCUACCAGGCGAUGGCCAUUGGAAAUCACGAAUUUGACCUUGGGGUAGCGGGUGUGCGCCCCAUACUGACGAAUACGACGUUCCCUGUUCUGAGUUCCAAUAUUGACGCGUCCAAGGAGCCGAGCAUUGAUGGCCUGUUCCAAAAAUCCACAGUGCUUACAGUGGCCGGCGAGAAGAUUGGUAUCAUCGGCUACACCACACCAGAUACGCCAACCAUAUCAAAUACAGGGAAGCUGAUCUUCAGGGAUGAAGUGGAAACGAUUCAGCCAAUCAUUAACGAGAUGAAGACACAGGGUAUCAACAAGAUCAUCGCCUUGGGACACUCCGGCUACGCCAGGGACCAGGAACUGGCCAGACAGCUAACUGACGUGGAUAUCAUCGUUGGGGGUCACUCGCACACAUUCCUCUACACGGGAACGCCACCAACUGAUGACGAAGUAAUCGGUCCUUACCCAACCAUUGUGGAAAAAUCUAAUGGCGAAAAGGUUCUCAUCGUCCAAGAUUUCUUCUUCGGAAAAUUCCUGGGUUUUCUGAAGGUCCAGUUCACAGAUGACGGCAAAGUGGAAUCGUGGGAGGGGGACCCCAUUUUGCUGAACGCCUCCAUUCCUGAAGACCCCACCAUUUUACAAGAAAUGCAGUACUACAAAGAGCAAGUUAUGAACAUCUCCCGACAGACGAUUGGUGCCAGCAGUGUGUACCUGGAGGGAAGAAGGACAGUCUGCAGGUUAGAGGAGUGUAACCUGGGUAAUUUGAUUGCAGAUUCCAUGGUCUGGAAGAUGUCGCAAUUGCCUGCUCCAAACGGAACGUGGAUCAAAUCAUCUAUUGCCCUAAUGAAUUCUGGAGGUAUCAGAACGUCUAUAGAAAAAGGUGCAGUGAGUAUGGAAGACAUUCUGACAGUGAUGCCAUUCCAGAAUUACAUCGAUGUGAUCAAUGUGACUGGAAAGGUGCUGCUAAAGGCUCUGGAGCACGCGGUGGCCAAAUAUGAUCACAACUCCCCAAGGGGAGAAUUUCUACAGGUAGCAGGCUUGCAGAUCGUGUAUGACUUGAAGAAGCCAAGUGGAAAGCGCCUAGUCAAUGUACGAGUUUUGUGUCAGCGAUGUGAUCUUCCUCACUACCAGCCUGUGAACGUCAACGAGAGGUACUCCAUUGUCCUGCCAACCUUCACAGCUGAUGGUGGGGAUGGAUUUGACUUUGAGUUAGGAAAAGGGGACCGAAUUUCUCCAGGUUUUCUGGACUCGGAUCUGUUCACGAGCUACGUGAAGCAUUUCUCCCCUUUAUACAAAUCCGUGGAGGGGCGAAUACGGUUUUGUGGCGAGGACGACUCUAUAUACUGUCCUAAACCGAGUACACCAUCUGGUGCUUUUGGUCUCCAGCCGUCAUCUCUGGGCGUUGUCAUAGGGGUUGCAAGCGUGCUGCUUAGGUUACUGGCGGCUUAAAUGCCUGGUAGAUGCCCAGUAGGCUACUUCUUCGAACACAUAUGUUUCCCUUUUUUACAUAAACCUAAAACCUGACCUAUGUUCGUAAUGCACUUUUUAUUUUGUACACAGGAAAACGUUACAACCAAAGAGUUCUUCAGUCAAAUAAAUGCAGGGGAAUCCCCUGGCCCCAUGGGCAAUCUAAUUACAGCUUGUUUAUGCAAACUCGUCCUGAACUGAGUAUGUUUAGCACUCUGUGCUGUUUUACACGCAUGACAUUUAACUGGUCCAACACUAUUGCCGCGUCACAGAGGAAUAUAUUGUGUAUUUUAAAUUGGGAUCAACUCUUUCUCAAGUAGCAGUCGAGAUCUCCAUCCACUGAGAAUUUUACAUUCCAUUUACGCAAGGAAAUGUUUACGUUGUAAAUAACAUAGCUACCCGCUGUACUACUUUCAUAAAUCUGCUGAAGAUAAAAGAACGGUAGCCGACGCGUAUUGGGGUUUUAACAAAAAUGGCUAUAGGGUAUAUGGAUAUUCCCUCAUUUUAUAAUGGGUGGUGCAACUGUAGACGGAUAAAGGGUGCAGCUGUAUACGAAUGUGUGGUGCAACCGUAGAAGGACAGGUCGUGCAGCUGUAUGUGUGUUGUAACUGUAGACGAUGGGUGGUGCAACUGGUGCGUGGUAGAUGGAUCACCAUGAUUCCUAUGUACUCACUCACUACCCAUGCUGUUUGUUGUUGUUGUUGUUGUUGUUGUUUUAAUUGGGGUUAUGAAGUUGGUUUCAGUCAUUGAAUUAAACAUUUAUUUCUGGUCAACGUUAAUGUUAUACUAAAUUUUAAAUGAGACGGGUGUAAAAAUGAUGUUAUUAACUACACCGUAUCAUAUCUCAAGGUGACACGAGGUUGUCGUGGAGAAGGAAUAGGCCUACGUGCAAGAGUCUUCAUGGGUUAUCGUUAUUGUGAUGUUGUAUAGUAAUAUAAUAACGUUUAAUUAAAGAGCAUAUAUGUGGAGUUAUUUUAACUUUUAAAAACAAAUAUCGCUUUUUUUACAUAUUCAGAUAAACGGGUAUUCGGAAAACGUUUUUGAACGUAGAACGUAAUUCAUAGCAAUAUAAAGACUUGUAUAGGCAUAUCUACAUACAU